GCUCUUCAAAGUGCAAAUCUAUUUGCAAUGGCUGAUCAAGUUAUUCUCUUGGAUUUCUGGCCCAGUUCUUUUGGAAUGAGGGUGAGAAUUGCCUUGGCGGAGAAGGAGAUUCAGUAUGAAUACAGAGAUGAAAAUCUUCAGGAUAAGAGCCCCAUGCUUCUGGAAAUGAACCCAGUUCAUAAGAAGAUCCCUGUUCUGAUUCAUAAUGGAAGACCCAUUUGUGAAUCCCUCCUCAUUGUUCAGUACAUUGAUGAGGUUUGGAAGGAUAAGUCUCCUCUAUUACCCUCUGAUCCUUACCAGCGUGCUCAAGCCAGGUUCUGGGCUGAUUAUGUCGACAAGAAGAUGUACUACUGUAUGAGCAGAAUAUGGAGGAACAAGGGAGAAGAACAAGAAGCAGCCAAAGAGGAGCUCAUAGAGAGUCUGAAAGUUUUACAAGGAGAGCUUGGAGAGAAGCCCUACUUCGGGGGUGAGACCUUUGGCUUUGUGGACCUGAGCUUUGUUUCCUUCUACAGCUGGUUUUACUCCACUGAGACCUGUGGGAACUUCAGCAUUGAAUCUGAGUGCCCAAAGAUAGUGGCUUGGGCGAAAAGGUGCAUGGAGAGGGAGAGUGUGUCCAAGACUCUUCCCCACCACCACAAGAUUUACGAAUUUGUAUUGCAGCUCAGAAAGAGGCUUGGGAUAGAGUAAACUAUAUAUAGACUUCUCUCUGAGCAAUAUAGUAAAUAUAUAAAGGAUUUGAUCGUGCAUGUACGUACCGAAAAUUGGCUGAUGUAUUUGGCUAUGUGAAAUAAAAACUUAAUUAGGAAUUAUUGAUGUGAUGAAGCCAUUAAUUAGCAGGUUUAUAUGUAUAAGAUGAAUGUAAUAAAGCAUCUGUUUUUUUAAUGUUUG